CUCCACUCUGCAACAUGAUGGCCUCGUAAUCGCAUGCAACCGAUGGCUUUAAUGGAGCCUACGACCCAUCUUUGUUCAAAGUUUGGCAUGGAAUUGAUUUUCAUGUACCACUAACCUCCUCGUAUAUGCCAGCCUUCACACUGCAAGCGUUCCAGACUUCACUGAACUCUGAAAGUCAAUUUUGAGUUGUCCAUCAUGGGCUUCUUUUCACUUUCCAAAUCGCGUCGUAAGCCUAACGACAUGGGCGACGAUCAAGGCGCUGCGCAGUACAAUCGCCUAUCUAAACCCAAAACGAACACGAACACUCACGGUCCGACCCUCUACCUUGACUCGUCGGCUUCGGCCUAUUCAAGACACGCGGAAACAAUACUCCCGCCGUCUGACAAAGAGUCGACCUGUUUGAACAAGGAAGCCGAGACACGCGAGCCAGUUGCACACGUACGGGGACGGUCGUCGGUCGUAGUUUCGAGGUCAAACUCGCUGGCAAAGUCAAGGUCCAAUUCUUUGUCAUGCUUCAGUGGCAGAGGGCUCUCAGUGAACCAGCUUCCUGGUCCUCCAGUAUUGGACAGUUCGUCGGCCUCUGGUACGCAGAUGGACGUAGAAGCCGCCAUCAGACUGCUCCAAGAGGUCAAGAAGAAUGCCUCUCCAGAAGAUCUUGCAGCUCUACAUGCCGCUCUUGGAUCUUCCACCGAUAACGCGAUCCCAGAUGAGCCACAACUCAGUCACCAAACUUCGUUGGCAAAUUUAUCAUCUUCAUCACUCACAAGACGGAGAUCCCUGAUCCAAACACCGGGUGUCGCAACCCGAACCACUCCUGUCGAAGACAACCGCAACCGAUGGAAGUCUUGGAAAGCGCCUAAGGUUGAUACCAAAGAAGAAGCGAAAUGGCGGCCCAGUCCAAGCCUUGCUUCUCCCAAAAAGCCUUUGACAGCUCUAGACCUGGUUGAAGAUGACAAUGGUGCAUCUACACUUCGAGCACAAACUCCUGGAGAUACGGAUUAUUGUCAACUAGGGACAUUCAAGCUUGGAACACUUGCAGUCAUCAAUGGGGAACCAUCACCUGCACCGAGCACUCGUACAACCAAGCAGAUGCCGUAUUGCCCUGCACAAGUGGACUACUUUUCGGUGGCAAAUUCAAGCGUCAGCUCACAGAUAACGGCCAACACCAACAACCGCAGCCACGAGAGGAGCAAAUCGUCUGUCCUUCCAACUACUCCUCCACUAUAUCGCGGUCUUGAGGUCCCUAACAACGAAAGGAGGACCCGAUCCAACCUGCGACAUAACAUCACUACCAAACCCGUGGAAAAUCAUCCCACAAACUCUUCAUCACAACCAGAGGACACAAGACGCGUCAAGACCUCACACAAGACCGUCGAAACGCCACAACAUGCGAUUACUCUUGCCCAGGAGUACCAGGUCGGAAUCCCAAGCACUCCUUUCAGAAGAGAUUCCGAAUCAAAAGACAUGAAAGGUCACAAAUAUUUCGCCCCUGAACUUCCGCCUCGCGCCGAGAAUGCAGCACAUGUACUUGACGGUGCGAUGUGUCAAGAGCCCUCGGCUAUGGUUGCGACGUCAAAUCCCGCAGAUGUGUGCAAAAACAACAAAACGACAAUUUCUCAGAGGCGGAGAAAGCAAGCGGCUGGUCGGCCUCCAGCGCGGACUGCUGAUACCGCGGACUCUGGGUAUUCAUCUGGUGGUAGUUUAAGACUGGCUCGUGAAGAGACACGCAAAAGCAGGCUUUCGACGAUAAGUGCGACAGCGCCUACUUCACCGCAAAACGAGGAUGUCGUCAAUGUACAGCAAAAAACUAGCCCCGUUACCUCAAUCUUGAAGGUUCCCUCCGUGAACUCGAGAUACUCACUGCUAGCUGAUGAGGAACGCCCAGCGAGUAUGCAAAUAUCAGCCGAAUUACUGGAUGCGACUAUACCACAUGCAACUUCCUCGCCCAAGUCUCCGCAGUCAGCUACAUCGCUCGGUUCCCAGGAGAGCGCAUCUUCAAAAUCGCAGAAGCGAUUGCAAAAGAGACGACCGUCGCAAGCACAGCUUCCAAUGGUUCAAUCAGGUCAGGCCAUCAGGGAAGGCAAGGACUCUGAGAUUCCGGAGGUUCCUGGCAAUAUACGAGCAAAGUUCACUCGACGCCUUUCGCAAACCCCGGGGAUAGAAUGUCUAACGAGCACGUUUGCGAGCACAGAGCACGUCAUUGCCAAUGAAGUUGUCCACGAUCUUCCGGAUUCCACACCGACUGAGUCUGUGAACAAGCUUGCUUUAAUCGAACUUCGACCAACACCGGCUUCACUUGCGCGUCGGAAAAGCCUUUCCUUUUUCCGUAGAAGAAAAUCGUUUGUUGGAGAAUCUGAGGCCAGUAAAGAAGAGCCGGUACCCUCGCUUACUGUUCUCGAUCUGGGCACUAUCGCUUCGUCUCUUGGAUGUUCUCCGUACGAUGCAGCGAUGUCUGAUUUACCAAGGAGACAGUCAGUGACAUCACCAACACAUCCUCAUCAACUUGGUAGUGCAACAUCCCGAACAAAACCCAUGGUCAGUAUGGACGCGGCAACGGCUGCUGAGUUGGCGCGCCUCCGGAGCAGGGAUCGAGCUUCUGCUGAACCAGAAAUGCCUCAACGCCGACGUAAAAGCCACCAUAAUCUGAAACAGGAAGCAAGUGAAGGGAAGGAUAUGAAGCACCGCUCGCGAAGCAGUCGUUACGACGUCCCUCCUGUGCCUUUGAUCAACACGGCAAGGCUUUCUGUCCCGACCAAGGCCAUGUCUAAGUUACCCAGCGAGGACCGGAAGAUGCAGAAUCUCGACGCCAGCUCUCAUGUCCUUCCUCCCCAACCUGUGUUUGCAACAACUCACGUCUAUGAUGCACAGUAUGAGAACAGGCACAAUGCUUCUCAGCAGGAUGUCAACUGGGAAGCGCAGUCUCGCCAUUGGGGGCAACAGCGUCGUAAAUCGAUGGGAGAGGGUCUGCGUACCCAGGCCAAGACUCCCGAGAUAAGCGAUGCCACAGUCAACUUUCGAACCACUCAAAUAUCAGGAGAACCGAUGACUUGGGAUCGAUACACUGGCGGGCUCGACUUUGGGUACGAGGGCCGUGGCGCGCUCGGUGGCAGUGCAGGAACGCGACAUGGGCACAGCCACGCUAGCUCAAAGAGCAUGCAGUGGAAGAAUCAGUAUGGGGUAGAUUUGUCCGACGUGCCCAUAUUUCUCCAAAGAGCGUAGGAGCUGCAUACAUGCGCUAGGCGAGUCUUUUUUUUUGUUUGCUCGCGUCAGCAUUGUCGCGAAUAAGGAGCAGGUUUCGGGCGUUGGGCUUUGGGCGUUAACGUGCAUUGCGGCAUUUACAUAUUUGAUCGGGGAUCUUGGAUUUUCCGCUUCCAGAAGGUGGCGCACAACAGGAUACCUAGGCAUAACGGAGUAACAAUUCAGCAUAUGUUGCAUGAAUUCACAUGUGCAAAGGCGUGUGCGAAGGCCAUCGGUAGUGCAGUGCAGUUUUUGCUUUGUCGAAGCGUGGCUGUCAUGUUUGAUCAUCGAUCUCACGUAAACAAAAAUCCUGCUCGUCAUGUUUGUCGAUGGAUCGGUGGCUGUUGUGUCGGUGAGGAUCGAGUGCAGCCUCGUCAGCGAAGGGGCCAGACAGCUGAGUG